AUGUCCGUCAGCACCGCACCCUCGCUGCAGCUCGCGGACUACCUGGAGAAGCUUCCCGGGACGACAUUCCGGAAGCUCUACCAGCAGCCGUCGACAGCCUUUGCCAUAUUUCGACGAAUGCUCUCGCAUCUGGUGCUGAACUCGAUGUUCCCUGCAGCAAAGACGUUUGUCAUGCGCAUGCUCUUUAUGCCCAAACCUAUGCUUCUCAGUGACCUUGAUGUCUGGGUCAAGCCCGAUUCGAAGAAACAAAAGGACCAGGCCCUGUCCAUCCUGCAAUCCCUCCACAUCGUGCACAUCUCGCCGCCGUCUCGCGAACGACCGCAGGAGAUGCAGCUGACGACCAAUUUCAAGAACUCGAUGCGACAAGCCCUAACCGGCAGCGGUACGCACAACUCAUUCGGAGUGCCCUCGACCCUCGCCGUGCCCCCGGAGAUUGACAUCGCCUUCCUGGACCGGUACGCCCGCAAGAAGUGGGAGGACAUACUGCACUUUGUCGUCUCCAGCGUCGGCUACAAGAGCGGCACGGGCGAGGUGUCGGGCCCCAAUAAGAGCGUCAAGGAGCUGCUCAUCGCGGGGCGUCUCGUGGACCGCCGCCCCAGCGGCAGCAUCGGCAUCACGCAGGCUGGCUUCACCUUCCUGCUGCAGGAGGCCAAGGCGCAGGUAUGGACCCUGCUUCUCCUGUGGCUCGAAGCCAUGGACACGAACCGCGAGGCCGGCCUUGAGGCUGUCGAUAUGCUCUCUUUCCUCUUCGUCCUGGCCAGCAUGGAGCUCGGCCGCGCCUACGACACCAACGCCCUGACCGAGCAGCGCAGGAAUAUGCUUCCCUCCCUCGUCGAUUUCGGCCUCAUCCACGUGCCCCACCACAAGCGCUCCAUGUUCUUCCCCACCCGCCUGGCCACCACCCUGACGAGCGGCAGUAGCAGCGGUCUCCGCACCAUAAGCGAGGGUGUCACCGCCGCCACAAACUCAGCCUCUACUCCUCCGUCUGCAUCGGCCGGCGGCGGCGCCGGCGCCGACAACAACUCUUCAUCAUCAUCGUCAGCAGCAGCAGCAGCGGGACCCCUCGGCUCCGGCGCCGACCAAAAGGGCAGCGUGGUGGUCGAGACCAACUACCGCAUCUACGCCUACACCCAGUCCACUCUCCAGAUCGCCGUGCUGGCCCUCUUCUGCCGCCUUAACAUGCGCUUCCCGGACAUGGUGGCCGGCCGCCUGUCGCGCACAUCGAUCCGCCAGGCCAUCAACUUUGGCAUCACGGCCGAGCAAAUCAUCGCCUACCUCUCCGCCCACGCCCACGACCAGAUGCACCGCACCGCCGCCCUGACCGACAAACCCGUCCUGCCACCCACCGUAGUCGACCAGAUCCGCCUCUGGCAGCUCGAGAACGAACGCAUGAAGACCACCAGCGGCUUCCUCUUCAAGGACUUUGAGGAUCAGAAGGAGUACCUCGCCAUCGCCGGGUUCGCCAACGAAGUCGGGGUACUCGUCUGGAGGAAUGACAAGACGGGCAUGUUCUUUGCUAGCAAACAUGAGCAGAUUCGUGACUAUCUCCGCAUACGUAAAAAGGUGGACGAUUAG